GGCAGGCCGGGUCCUGGUGCCAGGGCCAGGGCCGGGGAAUGGCGGCGCCGGGCUGGAGGCUGUGGCCGCUGGUCUGGAGCUGGAGGCGGCUGUGGCCCGAGAGCAGGCUGUUCUCCACCACCAGACUGAGAAAUAUUCACCCUACCUUGAAUUCAACUUCAAGAUGCAUAGAAAAAGCAAAGUUUGAGAUUCCAUCUGGAGCAUGGUUUACCGCUGUACGAUUUAUGGCGAUACAGACCCAGGACACACCAAACCCUAACAGCUUAAAGUUUCUCGCUGGUCGUCAAAUUAUAGCAUCGGGAAGCAUGGAUUUUCCAAACGUCAGUACAGCUCAUUGCUCACUUCUAGCCAAGCAGCUAUUCCAAAUAGAAGGGGUUAAAAGUGUGUUCUUUGGCCCUGAUUUCAUUACAAUAACAAAGGAAAGUGAAGUGGAAUGGAACAUUCUUACGCCCCAGGUUUCUGCAGCCAUUGUGGAUUUCUUUGCUAGUGGCCUUCCAUUAAUGACAGAUGUGCCGCAGUCUGGUUCUGCCUCUUCAGAGGAAAGUGAGGAGGAGGAUGAAGUGGUUGCAAUGAUUAAGGAACUCCUGGAUACAAGAAUAAGGCCUACAGUGCAGGAGGAUGGAGGAGAUGUCAUUUUUAAGGGUUUUGAAAAUGGCGUUGUGAAGCUGAAGCUGUUGGGCUCUUGCACUGGUUGUCCAAGUUCAGUUAUUACUUUAAAAAGUGGAAUCCAAAAUAUGUUACAGUUCUACAUUCCUGAAGUUGACGAAGUAGUACAGGUCCAAGAUGAAGUCGAUGACGCCAACAUUAAAGCAUUUGAAGAAUUAGAGAAGAAAUUAGAAGAUGUCUAAAUUAUUUUCCUGAAUUUUUUUCGUUUGAGAACUCUGACUUUUUCAAAGCUUCAUCCUUGUGAUAGCAAUUCAGCUUGAUUCCUGGUUAGCUGAGUCUCAAUCAGUGUUUAUUAUUUAAAAAUAUUGACAGUGGUACAAAUUGGCAGUCCACAGUUGGCUUCCUCUUUCUUUCUGUUGCUCUGUGUCUCCCUUAUUUCUAACCUUUUUGCAUAGUUCGUCUAACUCCUGAAUGGGAGAAGGUGGGCAAAGUCCAUUCCUGUACCCAUUUGUAGGACAAAUAAGGUUCCCUGGUUGCACCACGAAGGGAAUACAUUCUUUUUUUAUUUUUCCAUACUUCUCCUGUUAUGGGAUGAUUCAUGUGUGUCACGUCUCAACAUAAGACCCAAUGCCGUCCAGUCUUGUAACAAAAUAUGCACCAAAGCCACAGGCAUGUGACCUGAGCAUUUGGAUAAUGAUUUGACCACUCAGUUCCAUGUACUUGCUGCAAGGAAACUAACUUGCUGUCAAAUUUGGUAUUAUACCUGUGCACAGUCUGCAAAAUAUUUGCCAUUUCCCUUGUUCACCCCUGAACCCAACAUAGCGAGCAAGAUUGAACUGUGAAACUCAAAAUAUUGUGGUUACCCGUCAACAUGGCCCACCAGUAUUUUAGGGCAUAUAAGUGUUGGCUACCCAAUCAAAAACUAAGUGUAGCAAGUACCAUAUAAAAUGAGAGAGCAAGUACCAAGAAGGAAGAUGUAUAAAAUGUAGUUAUACUGGCUUCUCUGUACAUGUAAAUUAAAUAUGAUACUUAUUUUUUGACGUAUGGACAAUCUAUAACUAUAAAAGGCCGAAAGGAGAAAUAUGUUUGAUGUACAGAAGGUAAAAGAAAAUAAGCUAUUUGUUGCGUUUAGUUUAAAAAAAGUUGGUCAUGAUACUCUUCAUACUUUAAAUGUCUGAUUUACUUUUUCGGUGAUAUACUAAAAACAUGUAGGAAAGAGAAAACCAUUAAAUAUAUUUGUUACAGUUCCACUAAGAGUUUAACUUUAAAAUCAUUCUGCUUCUGUUGCCGAAGAAACACUCCAGCUAAAUUUCCUUAUGCAGUUACUAUCCGUUUGUCAUGGAGACUUAGUUCAACAAACUCCAUCUUGAUGUUACAUUUUAUUCUAAGUUGUAGGUAAAGCCUUUUCAGUAUAGAACUUAACAGAACUGCAGCCUGCGCACAGUCUUAAACUUAUUUGACAACUGAAAGGCUGUGCUUCAAAACAGUUACUGUAACGUUGUCACAUUGGAAUUAAAGAUUGCUCGAACUGGAGCAAACUUUCAAUGUUAACAGCACCGUUGAAGUUUUAAAUUGUUCACAAAGCUAAAACUAAUACUGACUACAGUAACUUGUUUUCAUAUAUUGUACAGUAGUGGCAAAGCUUGGAAUUAAAAUUGUAAAAAAGUUUUGUAUAUUAUUAGAGUUGAAAUAAAUGUAUUGCAGCUA